AAGAAUACCCGAACCAGGAAGUCCAGUAUCAGAUGUUUCAGAUCCACCAUCAAAACAAACCGAGACGAGACUGUUACAUAUAUUUUCCUGUGCUCAACUGGAAUCAAAUUCUUCUUGACAUGGAUGAAACACUCUUCCAGCUAAAGUUCACUUCCAAGCAGCUCGAAAGACUGGCCAAGAAGUCAGAGAAGGAGGCUGAGAAGGAGCAGGCCAAGGUCAAGAAGGCAUUGCAGCAGAAAAAUGUGGAAUGUGCCAGAAUUUAUGCAGAGAACGCUAUCCGAAAAAAGAAUGAAGGCCUGAAUUGGCUGCGCAUGGCAUCUCGAGUAGACGCCGUGGCUUCUAAAGUCCAGACUGCUGUCACCAUGAAGGGGGUUACCAAAAGCAUGGGCCAGGUGACCAAAGCUCUGGACAAAGCUCUUGGCUCCAUGGAUCUCCAGAAGGUCUCCCUAGUCAUGGAUAAGUUUGAAACCCAAGUCCAGAACCUGGACGUCCACACCUCAGUGAUGGAGGACUCCAUGAGCUCUGCAACGACGCUGACCACACCUCAAGACCAGGUGGAUGACCUGAUCCACCAGAUAGCAGAGGAGAGCGGCCUGGAGGUGAUGGACCAGCUCAGCCAGCUGCCUGCAGGGGCCACCUCGGUGGGCCCCGAGAGCUCGAGGAGCCAGGACAGGGAGGACCUGCUGUCCCGACGGUUGGCUGCUUUGAGAAACUGAGUGUCCUGCAGGAGUGAGACGGCUGCAGCGCUGUGCAGGCAGACGAGGAGCUGUGUGUGUUUCUAUUGAACUGUUCCUACCAGGAUGGCUUAAUGAGUCUAUCGAUUUUCAUUGCCCUGCUCUAUAAAUACACACGCUGUCUAUAAAUACCACCUGAGAAGGCAUGAGUCUCUGUGGUUCACCUUCCCGUUUCGAUCCUUCUAUAUCUCCUCUGCUAUUCUCCUUUGGAUCUCAGUUUACCUUCAACAUCUUCUUUUCUCCCUCCCCUUCCACAUGCUCCUCCUGUGGCUACAGUCCCCUGCUCUCAAACCACACCAUUUUGGAUGUUUGCUUUGUACAAAAACACAUUUUACAAACUGUAUAAUUUACAAUGAUGAAAAGGAUUUGAAUAAGCAGUUAUAGUGAUUAUAUGGGAGCUGGGCGACCCUGCAGGGUGGGUUAACGAUGUAUAUACACAUUCAAUUAUUUUGGGCUCUGUCAGUCAGAGAGGGGUUUGAAGGGACGAGGGGAUAUUUAAUAGGAAAGAAAUACCAUUUUCUUGGUAACACGAACAAUAAUUGUCUCCCUCCAGAUCCAUCCAAGCAACAAACACUUCAUUACAUUAUAACACUGUAUACAACCAAGACUGUCCUCCAACAGUCAAAAUGAUUUGUUUCCUUUUAUUCUGAUUUAUUCUUUAUUAUUUCUCAUGCCUGUCUUCAGAUGUUUCGCUUUGAACGCCUUAUUUGGAAUGCAAGUGAUUGCAUGGGUGCUUCCCCGCCAGUGCCUGAAGGAAUAUAGUUUAAAAAGAGAAACUUGACAGACAAGAGGAAGGGAUAUCCCUUCCUCUUCCUGUGUGUUUGUGCUGACAUCAGCGUGAUGCCAUAACUCUGUAAAGUUGUUGUAAAGCACACUGACACCUCACUCUGAUAUUUUCGGAAGCAUCUCAAAAUAAAGUAAUAUUCAUCCGAGCCUGCCACGGUCCUAUCCCAAACACUUUCAGGGAUGAACAUGCUGGAUCUUUGUCUUUGACAACAAUCAGUUGCUACUCCUAAUUUGUUUUACUUUGAGUUAACUUGUUCUUUUCUGCAGUUUUUUUAUUUCAAUUAUAGCUCUUUAUUGUUUUGUGUGCUCCUUCUCUGGGUGUUCAAUGUAGAUGUCAGUGAGGGGCGGGCAGAUCAGAGCAGCUUCACCCUCUAUACAUGUCUUCAUCCAUUUAACCGAGUGAAGGUCUAUUUUUUUUUUCGAAGUUCAGAAAACUUUGCAGCACUUUUGUUUUCUAUAUUUAUCUUGUGGAAAUAAAGUCUUACACUCUGA